AAAUAACCAAACACAUCACUGGAAUAUCUGUAUCCCGUGAUCCGGUAUCGGUCAUCGCCAACAAGGCAGGAGAACUACAGGUCUAUACAUCGUCUUCAUUAAGGCCAAGUCUACAGAUAUGCCAGUCAAGCAACUGUCUCUGCGCGCGCUGGAUCAGGGCGUGAACAACAGGAACGCCAAGGUUCUGAAGCGAUAUGAGGCUAGCUGUAGGACUUUCGAGAAAGAGUACCGAACAGCCAUGCGAGGCCAUAGGGCAAUACUUGCUGACGACCUCCAGUUUGCGUAUUAUCUUCUCAAACAAAUGGAAAGAUAUGAAGACGAGAAACUUACAAAAAGAAACGUGCUGGUCCGAUGUACAUAUAAAGUACAUGUACCCCCAUUGAAAAUCAACAUCAGCCGCCCGAACUCAAAAUUGGUGCCUUCCUGUCCACAGACGGACAGACCCGCCGGAAAUGACGGCAAGCGCGAGGAGGUAAACGUUGCCUCUGUACGUCCACUUACAGCCCCAGCCGGUAGAUCCCUGACAACAACAGAAAAGAAGAAUGCCAUCCGUAGAUACAGUCAGAUUAAAAACAAGACUGGUAAGAAAAAGCGCGGGAAACCAGCUCGAUCCCGGUCAGCUCCAGUGCCUUCCAACCAGGAAGAGGGCGAGGAAGAAGAUGAACCGGUGCCUCCAACGCCUCUAGCAAGGUUCACGCGUACGUAUGAAUAUAACCGGAAAGUACUGCUCUGUCGAAGUCGACAAGAGGAACGCCGAAUGGAAAGGAUAAGGGAAGCAGAAGACGAUAGCGAAAACGAAAGUAAGUAUGAUGACGUAAAAGGGGAUGAGGAUAAUUGUUUUGAAAUAGAGGAUGAGGAAUGCCAUGAAACAAGGAAACAUGACUACUGGAUUUGGAAAAUUGAUGUACUUUUUGAAAAAUGGCGGCGGAACGACAAACAAUUAGAUGACGAUGAUAUUUAUAGUUUGUAUGAGGAGGAUUUAGACGAAGAAAUAUUCGAUGACAACCAAGUACAGUCUUAUAUGAAACCAGGAAUACGACAAGUUAACACGUCAGGGCGUAACAAACUAGUCAACUUCACCAAGAACAAAGUUCUUAAGUAUCGCUGGGCAUUUGCCGGGGAAGGGUUCAAGAAGAGCGCGGAAGAUACCCGCAAGAGUAGACGUAAAUUCGUCACUGCUGAGCUCAGUAACAAGGAAAGACAGAAGAUUCGGGAAGAGGCUGAAACAAAAUGUAGGAGGCUGAAAAGGAUGGUACAGGAAAGUGACUACCUUCGAAAUGAGGUUUACUUGAUGGCGCCAUUUUAUAAAACGAAACAAGCACUCAUCGCCAAGGUAGCUGCAAAACAACCGGCCUUGUUUCAGUAAUUUUACACAGAUGGCCUUCGAUGUUAAAUUUGUUUGAUCAGUUACACAUGUGCAUUAUUGACCAUAUCGACGAUGUUUCGUCAGUGACAACUUCAAUAUGAUAAUAUUGGUGUCAUUUCACAGCUAGAUGUUGAUAUCACGAUACUAUCAAGAAAACCACAUGCGUGUCCACAUACUGUUUUUCUAUUCCGGAUCAGUAUUUUUCGUUUUGCUUUCAAUUCCCACGCAACAGACGUAUAUAUCCGUUAUUCACAUUGUGUUUUUAAAAUAUCCACGUCCAUAUUCGCUGUAUUGUAUAAAAUGUAAGUUAAGAAUUAUCUGGAUGACCGUCUUAUUGUGAACAAUAAUGAUGUUAAAGUUACGAAACAUUAUCGACAGAGUUCAUAUUCCUGGAAUAUAUAUGAUUCAUCAGGAAUCCUGCAGUUUCAAUACUGGCACCAUUACAAGGUAGGGCUUUGUUUUCAUACUUGUGCCUGAUACUGACAUAUUGUCAACGAAUUCAUUUCAUUACAUAGAAACAUAUAUGAACAAAUUAUGAAGGGGUACUUUGUAAAAUCAAAAUAAGCCAACAAAAUAGAAAAUGUUUUCAUUUUAUUAGAUCAAUAUAUAAAUAUAAAAAUAUAAAAGGAUUUCAGUUGAAUAAUUCAAGCUCCUUCCUAUACAAGUGAAACACAUUUUGCACUUAAAGAAAAUUCUUGUAAAAAUUAAAACAAAAAGAUUAAAAUAUUUAUAUACUUUAUAUAAGAUUGUUAAAUUGUAAAUGAUUUUUAAUAAAGCAUUUUCAUAACACUCGUUUUUCCAAUAUCAAUACAAAAUGACAUAAAAUCAUAUCCACGAAAUCCUGCUAACAUUGCUAUCCCUGAGGUAACAAUUCAACUACUUUGUCAAUUUCUCUUUGUUAAUAUUGUUAUUACCAUAACAAUACAAAUGUAUACAUAACUCUUAUAAAGACAAUAGUUUAAUGUAAGGCAUUAUCUGUUGUUAGAAUAAAUAUUAUAUAAACAAUAAAAUGACAGUGACAAUGCAAGUUGGAACUAUAGGAAGGUCAAGCAAGGUCAAACAAGGUCAAUAAGUUUCAAAAGGUCACUUGACAAAAAAUUACUGUUACUAAGAAUCAUGAUAGGAAGAGAACACAAUAAAUUAACCCUUUCACCCACUACUGACCAUAUUGGUCUUCAAAUUAUGAAAGAAUGGCAGAGUCCACUAAAGUUUCUGAGGGUUGAAAGGGUUAAUACCUUGAUCAAUUGCAACACAGAGUCUACCUCAGAAAUCCCGGGUAUAUACUUACAACUAUCACUAUACUACAUCUUAUCUUUAAUACACCUUUAUCACUAUACUACAUCCUAUCUUUUAAUAAACUUUUAUACAUCUGUGUGACAACAUUAUAUCGUUUAAUACACCCUUAUGCAUCUGUGUGACAAUCAUGUUGAACAAUGGCACAAGCGACAUUGUAACAAGGUUACGUGGAACAUUUUAUUUGUUUAUGUUGAAAUCUGUACUUGUGAAAUGUCAUAGCUUGUGCCAUACCCCAUUGCUUUUCUUUUUUGCAAUGAAUUAUGUUUAAAUCAAAAUAAAAUUAUUGCGUAUGAUGAAGACAAUCCAUCUACAUUAUGCAAAUAACUGUUUACUCAAUAGGUCUUUUAACUAAUUUGAAUAUACAUAUUCUGAUGUGAAAUGCUUGCUUCUUGCAUAUUUUGUUGAAUAUUUUGUUAUGUUGAUAAAAGUAUGAAAAUAAAAAUUGAUGUUAUCAUU